AUGGUGCUUUUGUAUGCGUGGAUUGCAUGCCUACUUGCGAACCUGGUGGUGGCCUACGACUCUCAUGGUAGCAUGAAAAAAAUACAUCCUACAAAGACACUAGCUGCGCGGGAUGUGCCGCUGUCAACCCUGUCGCCUACCUCGAUCUUUAUACCCUCUCUACCUGGCGACAAGGACGCCACAGCCCCCACGUCUAUUAUCUAUAUGGGACAGGGCUUCAUUUCUUACACGUCUGUUUAUGCUCUUGUGAUGGGCGAAAAAGGUAAGGGUGAAGAGCCGAAGACCAACUAUAUGUUCCAAGGUCCGACCGAAAUUAACGUCAACAAAGUCAUGCGCACCGACGCUGUGGGUGAUGUAUCAACGUCUGGGCUCUUUAAUGUGGCGUGUUCACUGCCUAAGAGCGGCGGCCCCAGCUGGGAGUGCGAAUACGCGUUUCAAAAUCAGUCAGAGAAAACGGUCUACAGCACUGUCACAACGCGGCCCAAUCCCAAUACAAUGAUCACACCCGUUAUUGGGGUCCUUAAUCAACGGCGUCGAAGCACGGCUUCAGGACCUACUGGCAUUCCACGCUUUACAGGGACGAAUUCGGCCAAGUCAUGGAGCCGUGCUUAUACCCUGUCUGUGGCCUACGCUCUAUUACAUAUGCUAGGAACUAUUUUCUGCGCCAUAGCUAUCGAGUCAAUAUAG